GCUUUGACUACCUUCACUCAUCUGCUUCAGACACCUCGCGGCGGCACAACAUCAUGACCUCGGAAGCCAAUGGAUACACUGCAGACUAUGAUGAAGAGGAGCAGAUCGACCUUCAAGCUGAGCUCGAUGCGGGAUUCGCAGACAUAGAACUCAAGUACGCUGUGGACACUCAACAAGGAUUUGAAAAUGUCAUUGUGGUGGACAACACGCCCAUUGUCGACGACUCAAAGAAGGAUUUGCUGCUCAAGCGUCUACGAGAGAAGUUCGUCAACAGUGGUGCUCCUAUCGAGGAGGACAGAAUUCAGAUGCCGUGGGAUGAUGAGGCAAAGACCAAUAAAGGCUUUCUCUUCUUGACCUACCCCACUGCUCAAGAAGCUGAAAACGCUCUUCGCGCUCUCGACGGUUUGGCAUUUGGAAAGAAAAACACCCUCUACGCCAACCGAUUUGGAGACAUUGAGCGAUACGCGAACUUGCCCGUCGGAGAGGGCGAGUUGCCAACAGGCUGGCGCGACAAGCCUUAUGUGGAGAAGGAACAUCUCCGAAGCUGGCUAGCCGACCCUGCAGGACGUGACCAAUACCUCACUUUCCGUGAUCAAGAAGUCAACAUCCUGUGGAACGGCAGGAAUGGAAGUGCUGAGCCUCUUCGAGAUACAGAUGGUAAAGUCGUGAAGAACAGCAAGUGGGGUGAACUCUACCUCCAAUGGUCACCCCUCGGAACCUACCUCGCAUCGCUUCACCGUGUUGGAGUUGCGCUAUGGUCCGGACCCAAACUCGAUGGACCCGUUGGGGUCCACAUGCUCCGAUUUACCCAUCCUGGCGUGCGAUUGGUUCAAUUCUCUCCUUGUGAGAAUUAUCUCGUCACCUGGGCAGAGGAGCCGCUGGAGAAUUAUGAGGACCAUGCCAAUCCCGCUUUGCGAGAGACUUUCAGUGCCGAUGAUGAGGGCAGCCAAUACGUCGUCUGGGACGUCAAGACUUGUCGAGUUCUGAGAACGUUUGCAGCGGAAAAGCCUGUUCAAAAAGGCGAUGAGCCUCCUCGUCUGCAAUGGCCCGCGUUCAAGUGGUCCCCCGACGACAAGUACGUCGCGAGAUGUUUGGUCAACCAAGCCAUCCAAGUAUAUGAGUUGCCGUCCAUGGGACUGCUCGACAAGAAGACAAUCAAAAUCGAAGGUGUACAAGACUUUGAAUGGUGCCCUAUGAGUGAAAAAGACUGGGAGGCUAGGAAGGCCGGCAAGGGCAGAGAGUGCAUGUUUGUCUACUGGCAGCCCGAAGCUGCGAACCAGCCUGCACGUGUCAGCGUCAUGGGCAUUCCCUCUCGAAAUGUGCUUCGAUCGAAGAAUCUGUUCAAUGUGACAGACUGCAAAUUCUACUGGCAAAACCAAGGAGACUAUCUCUGUGUCAAGGUCGAUCGACACGCUCGAAAGGCAAAGUCGAAGAAGGCCACCUUUUGCAACUUGGAGCUCUUCCGGGUCCGAGAGAAAGAUUUUCCUAUUGAAGUCAUCGAGCACAAAGACUAUGUCCCUCAAUUCGCUUGGGAACCUCAGGGCAACCGCUUUGCCAUCGUCUCCAGUAACGACCCCAACUACGGCCAACAGAUUCCCGGUGUUGUCGUCAAGUACAACAUUGAUUUCUACCAACUUGACACCAAAAAGGGCGACUUCGCCUGUAUCCGCCAUCUCGAUGGCAAGAUGGCCAACACUCUCAUUUGGUCCCCCAAGGGUCGUCACAUUGUCCUUGCGACUAUUGGGUCCUCGACCAAAUACGACAUUGAAUUCUGGGACCUCGAUUUGACUACGGAUGACAACCCCUCACGGAGAGAAGCUGAGCCAGGUGCCAACGUGACUUUGUUGGGUACUGGAGAGCAUUACGGAAUUACAGAUAUUGCUUGGGACCCAUCAGGUCGAUAUCUCGCCACUUCUGCUUCCGCUUGGCGUCAAUCUCCUGAACCUGGAUUCAAAAUCUUCGACUUCAAAGGUACCGAGCUUGUUGCCAACCAACUAGAUCGAUUCAAGCAAUUUCUCUGGCGAUCUCGACCUCCUACUCUUCUCUCCAAAGACACUCAGCGCAAAGUCCGAAAAGAGCUCAAAGAAUACUCUAGGCAAUUCGAUGAGGACGAUGCAGCGGAGGAGAACAGAGGAAGUGCAGAGAAACUCGCUCAACGUCAACGUGAUAUUGCAGAAUGGGACGCUUGGCGCUCGAGGAAUGUGUCGAAAUUGGCAGAUGCUCGAAAGAGCCGAGGUAAAGAGAUUCACAAGGCUGUGGAACACGUUGAGGAGGAAGAAAAGGUCGAGGAAUGGAUCGAGGAGUUGAUCGAUGAAACGGAGGAAGUCGUGGUCUAAUCCUAAAUGUUGUCAUUCUGUUUCGUGGCUUCAGAUGCAUCACUGAAAGGGCA